AUGGAGUCAAGUGAUCCUCCACAUGAUGGCGGGCAAAAGUUAGCAACAAAGAGGUUGAUGGGGAAAGUUGCAAUUGUAACCGGCGGAGCAAGAGGAAUUGGAGGUGCAACAGCAACGUUACUGGCUGAGAAUGGGGCACAUGUUAUAGUUGCUGAUGUAUUAGAUGAAGUUGGGGCAAGUCUUGCCAAGUCUAUUGGAGGUCGUUUUAUACAUUGUGAUGUCUCUAAAGAAUCUGAUAUUGAAUACGUUGUUCAAUUUGCACUGUCUUGGAAAGGAAAACUUGAUAUCAUCUUCAACAAUGCCGGAAUUAUUGAUAAUGGAAGGAGCAUCGCAAAUAUUGACAUGGAAGAUGUAGCAAAUAUGAUUAAUGUUAAUGUCAAAGGUGUUGUACACGGUAUAAAACAUGCUGCACGAGCAAUGAUUUCAGUAGGCAGCGGAGGUUCCAUCAUAUGCUCCUCAAGUUCAGCAGCAAUCAUGGGAGGACUUGCGUCACACAUAUACACAUUAACCAAAGCAGCCAUUCUUGGAAUAUCAAGGAGCACGUCGUGUGAGUUAGGAGUUUAUGGGAUUCGGGUAAAUUGUGUCUCACCACAUGGCAUCCCAUCGGAGAUGCUUGUGAAGGCAUAUCGAGACCAUUUAGGACAAGAAAAUAUGACCGUGGAAGAAGUAAGUGACAGAAUAAGUCAGAACGGAAGUUUACUACAAGGGAAAUGCGGAAGCUUUGAAGAUGUUGCACAAGCUGUGUUAUUUCUAGCUAGCGAUGAAAGUGGAUUUAUGACUGGGCAUAACCUGGUUAUCGACGGGGGGUAUACUUCGGCUUCUGUCCAAAUGCGUUUCAUCUAUCAAGACCCAUAA